AUGGAGCAGGGGGAGCACCAAGAGGAGCACCCCAGGCCUACUGGGGUGAAGAGCAAGCCCUGCUCUGGGUGCUGGAGAGCCCCAGGUUUCCUGCUGUUGCUGGCAGUGCUCACCGCAGGGGCUGCUACUGGAGGGCUUCUCAGCUUUGCUCACGGAUCCCACAAGGGAAUGAUGGUAGUGCUGAUAGACUCAGCUCAGACCCCUUCUCAGUCACGGCUACAGCUGCUCCGGCUGACCCUCCCAGGCCCCAAGGCCAACCAGACCACACUGGUGGACGUGGCAAGGAACACAGCCAUUGUCACUGUGACGCCCCUGCAGAGCAACAGCAGCUGGGUGGUGCUGUUUGAUGGGCAGAAGGGCUUUGUCUGCUACCGGCCCGCAGGGCACUCGGCCUGCUUCCUGCACCCCAUGGAGCCCCAGGACCAGGAGGCACUGCAGCUGCUGGUGAACACCUCUCAGGUUCCAGGGUCUCGAGAUCACAGCCAGAACACUGGCCACACUCAGGAGCUGCUGGCUGUGCUGGGGAGACAGGAGGUGGACCCUGGCCAGCUGGGGACCUUGGUGCAACAACUCUGUGCACAGACACCCAUAUAUUGGGCCCAUCGUGCAGAGGGACCCCCGCGACAGCGGCUGAUCUACCUCUGCAUUGACAUCUGCUUCCCCAGCAACAUCUGUGUGUCAGUAUGCUUUUAUUACCUCCCAGACUGA